AUGGCUGCGAGAGUGCUGGGAAGACCAUUCCGGCUUUUGCGGCGAAUGAGAGCCUUCGCGUCCGGCCUGGGGGCCUCUUCCGACUCAAGCCCCGCCCGCCUGCUUCACCUCUCCUCCGAGGCCUGUAGACUUCUCGCUGCCUACCGGUCGGACGCUUCGUGGUCCACCGAGUCGCUGGCGGCGAUAACGCUCGGCGGCACGGCAGCUAGGGCGCUGGUCGGGUGGGCGGUGGAGCUCGAGCGAGGGUACGCGGAGCAGCCUCGCGUUGAAAACUUUCUGAGAGACGCGCAGCCUGCGUGGCUCCGGAAAGGGCGGUCCUUCCAGAGACGCCGCCGAGCGUUGGAACUCCACGCGGAGUCGUGUCGGCAAGCGGUGGUGGUUGCGAGGCAGUACCGCGAACACCUGGAAAACCGGGGACGUGCUUAUGGUGACCCGGUCGUGGCGUUGGAAGUGCUGGAAGAGCAGCGUCAGGCUGCGGAAGAAGCGGUUCAAGAUCUGGAACGCAAGAGGAUAGAGUUUCUAGCCACGCAAGCUAAAGCCGAGGAAGCUGCCGGGAGGGCUCUCACGGACGAUGUGGAGUUCGCAGAGCGGGAAGCCUCUGUAGCUGCAAGGGCGGAGGAGAUGGCUCGUCGGCUCGGGCAGAGCGGGUCCGAGGAGAUAGCUGCUUUGGCCGGGAAGACGCUCGACUGUGGAGUUAUCCUCAGGGAGUUGCAGAGGCGGUUGCGCGUGUGGGAGCGGCGCUGUCGGCAGGAGAAUCGACCCCUUCUGCAGGAGUGGAUUCCUCCGACGGAGAGUCAGAGAAACAUGUCCCGAGCUUUGGGGGAAGUUCGCGCGUGGAAGCAGAUCACAGUCGUGCAGAAAACAAGGCUUGUCGAAGACGCGGGAGGGCGUCGGUUCGUCAAGGGCUUCACCGGCAAGGACAUGGAAAUUUGGAGGAGCGCUGUCGAGGGGUUGGCAGCAUGUGGUGCGGACAUUGAGUCGGGUGAGGCGAGACUAGAGGAAGACGUGGGCCGGUUCGAACAAGAGAUCUCGAGAGUCAAUGCGGAGAUUGCGGCUCAAAAGGUCAGCUCCGCUCGCUGGGACAACACCACCAAAGAAACACAAGCCCUAGAACGGCAAGAGGAUGCGGACGCCGCUCGCGACGAGCGGAGGACCGCCAUGGGCGCAACCCUUCCUCCCGGGAUGCUAGAAAACCCUUCUGGGACUUGCGCGGGGGGCGGCGUUGAAAGCCAGGGUCCCUCCGGCGGGUCCUCCCAACGACGACCCGUGCUGUUGCUCCUGGGGCUCGACCUGCCGGCCUCUGUCCGAGAAGAGGGUGUUGUCGCAAGGACGCGAGCUAACCUGGUACAAGCCGCGCUAUCGGCCGGCAAGAACGUAUCUCUCGAGGUGGUCCCCGGCCCGGGGCUAUGGGCGCGGGGGCGUUUUCUUCGGGACCUAGAGGCCCUCCUCGGGGGAUUGGACGCGUGCGGGUGUGGCGUAGACCACAGCGACACCGAUACGAAACAGACGUCUGGGCCGACAGUGCUGCUAGUUGAAGGGCACAGCCGAAAUCGCGCCGGAGGGGGCAUGGACGUGAGCCACGGCACGAAGUUCGUAGGAGAAGGCGCCGCGAAAAACUGGAAGGCGGACCGUUCUUACGAUCAGGGACCGGAAAGGACACUCCCCCCUGCAUUGUUGACCGCCAGGAGGCUGAAAGCUCUCAUGGAGGAGGCGGCCCAGUGUCUACACGAUCUGUCUACCGAGUACGGGAGAACUCCCAGUCCGUUCAAGGCGAUACAAGAUGACAGCUAUGCCUCUAAAAGUUCUAAGGCACCGAGAGAAGCCCAUCAACGACGCCAAGGAACAAUCAGAGCAGAGGGCUCAACGGACCCCGAACGACCAAACGCUGGCAGUUUCCCGAUGAGAAAACAGUACAACGCUUCGUUGGCGACGACAGGCUCCCGAGGGAUGGCUUUGCUGCUGGCAGCAUGUCACAUGCUCCUUCACCCUGGUCGACGAUAUGACUUAGGGGAGUUCAGGACGGGAAGAGGUCUGGACGUGUACUUGACCGAAGGCAUGACGAUGCAAAAAUCGCCCGGUAAAGCGCCAACCACGUCGAGCGAAGAGGUUGAACUUGGCGCCUUUGAAAUGGUUCACGCCUUCAACCUAGCAAGGAGCUGCCGCGAAGAGCUUGCCGAACAGGGGUCGGCUCGGGGCGUGGCCGCCUUACUCCGUCGAGCAGACCUUUACUCGACGCCACUCGAAACAGCCGUUGCCCUCCAACGCCUUGUGCAGCACUCCGACUGGCCCGUGGCCUCUCCUCGUUCCGACUUCGCCGGGUGUUCCGCUUCUGGGGCGUUCGUAGGAUGGGUUGUUGCAGCCGUGGCUGUCACGACCGAGCUUGUUCUCGGAGGGGGUGGGGUAGAACUGGGGGCAGGUUCAGGUUCAGCCCGAAAUCCUUCAGGUGACGAGCGGAAGGCCGUGGCGUCAGGUACGGGUGUUGAAGGCCGGGGUUGGUGUGGAGGGGCGGGCGGGGCGGGGUCGACAGCGGAAGGUAGCGGCGGCAAUGCGCUGCUAUCUACAAGCAUGAGAAACUUACAAGAGGAACGAACGCGGGAACAGAGGCUCCUGCUAGGAAUGGAGACGUCCUUGAUUGAUGAGAUCGUUGCUGUUCUGGACGACGAUUCACCGUGGUUGCCACCACCGGAAGACCCCGAAGGACAUGGGGACGUGAGAAAUCGGCGCCAAUGCAGGGCUUCGGAGGUGUUCAAUGCACUACUGGACACAGUUUUAAGGCCUUUCAACGUGUUCGAGGUGGUGGACCACGAAAUUUCUUUAGGCCACAGCCCCCCACAACAGCAAGAGACGGCCUUCGCUCCGUCAGUGCCACAGGCAAGGGGAGAAGGACCUGUCAGCAAGCAGAUGGGGGUUUGCCGUGGUGGUAGUGACCGGUUUGGCGUGACGGUGAGCAGGGCGUUCGGGUCGAUUUACGCCAGAGCCGUGGUGCUAGGUACAGGGAGCAUGCGGAAAGGCCAAGCGGUGACGGCUCGAACGAAGGAUGAAGACUUGAUCCCUCUUCUUUCUCCGAACUGGAUGGAAAAGCGUAUGCCAUGGUUCCGCUUACGGUGGAGAAACAGCACGCCCACAGACUGUACGGAUAUGACCUCGCUGAACCCCAGAGGUGUCGUGUAA